GACACACUCUUCUUUAGUCCUUUAGUUAAAAAGGAGAUAGACCGUUGGGGGCAGCUGAUGCCCAAAAUCCUCUCACAACUUUGAAAAUCAAAUAUUUACUGGCGUCCAUCGCUACGCUACAAACUCUCCUUCCACAGUUUUUAAGCAAAAGGAAUAUUAUCAGAAAAGAAAGUAACCUCACACCACUCUCUCCACUCUCUCCAUUACCCAAGAAACAACAAUUCCACCUUUUGAAUUGAACCCACAAAUUUUCCCCAUGCCAUCCCGAGGCUAGAUGAACCCACUCAGCUUGAUGUAGCAAAAAACAGAAGCGAAAUUGGCAAAGAUUGCUCCUUUCAUUUCUUUUUUUUUGUGUUUUUUUUUUCCUGGGUCCUUUUGGUUUUAGCUAAAUGGGGGGUUUGGCUGAGAAAGGAGAUGGGAGUUCAGAUUCUUUGAGUGAUUCGGUGACUGAGUCCAGAACCAGCAGUAGCAGCUGGAGUAAAUCCAGUUCUGAUGGCUACUCUGCGAAGGACUACUGUGUUUCUUCGCCCGGUCGUAGAGGCUGGCCUCUUCCCAAGCCUCCACCAGCGAAAUCUACCAAAAUUGAGGAGGACAAGAAACCUCAAUUCAACAAGGGUGAAGGCCCAAUCAAGUUAAGGAAAUUGGGCUCCCGAUUUUCAGAAAUUGAUAUGAUGAAAGAGAGAUUUGCAAAGUUGUUACUUGGUGAAGACAUGUCUGGUAGUGGAAGAGGGGUGUGCCCAGCAUUGGCUAUUUCAAACGCCUUGACUAACCUAUGCGCUACUGUGUUUGGGCAAUUGUGGAGGCUGUCCCCUUUGCCUUCUGAAAAGAAGCUGAUGUGGCGGAAGGAAAUGGAAUGCCUUCUUUCUGUUGGUGAUCACAUAGUAGAAUUGAUACCUUCUGUUCAAACACUUGCUGAUGGAACUAAACUUGAGGUUAUGACAAGCAGACCUCGAUCAGAUAUCCUCAUGAACCUCCCAGCUCUCCGCAAACUUGAUUAUUUGCUUCUCGAAAUACUAGACAGUUUCACCAACAACACGGAGUUUUGGUAUGUUGAUCAGGAUGUAGAGACCCCUGAUGCUGAUGGAUCAGCUUCUUUUCGCCAAACCAUACAUAGGCAAGAGGAGAAAUGGUGGUUGCCUGUACCAAGAGUCCACGCCUGUGGUCUCCUUGAGGAUACCAGGAAAAAGUUAAUUCAUAAGCGUGAAUCUGCCGCUCAAAUUCUGAAAGCUGCAAUGGCAAUCAACAACUCUGCUUUGGCUGAAAUGGAAGUUCCUGACUCAUUUAUAGAAACUCUUCCAAAGACUGGAAGAUCCUGUUUAGGGGAGGUUAUCUAUCGUUACAUUACUUCGGAUCAUUUCUCUUCUGAAUGCUUGCUUGAUUGCAUAGACCUGUCCUCAGAGCAUGUGGCUCUUGAUAUUGCAAACCGUGUCGAGGCAUCAAUUUAUGUGUGGCGCAGAAGGGUCCGUACCCGGAACCAACUUUAUCCAAGUCGCUCUACAGCGAAGUCCUCAUGGGAGAUGGUCAAGGACUUCAUGAUUGAUGGGGAUAAGCGAGAAUUGCUUGCCGAAAGAGCAGAAAACCUCUUGCUUUGUCUGAAACAGCGAUUCCCCGGCCUUAGCCAAACGGCUUUAGAUGUCAGCAAGAUUCAAUGCAACAAGGAUGUCGGAAAGUCCAUUUUAGAGAGCUAUUCAAGGGUCUUGGAGAGCCUAGCCUUCAACAUUGUGGCACGUAUUGAUGAUCUACUCUACGUGGAUGACUUGACUAAGCAGUCCGAUAACCUCUCAUCAACGCCGAAAGUCAGCAUAAUUGCGCAAAGGAAGGUUGGUAACCCAUAUACCGUGCCAGUCUCGGGCACUCCUUGUGGAACAGCCAUUAGCACACCGAACUUUUCACCUGCACCACGGGCUACUUGCUCUCCAAGGGAGGACAGAACUCCUUUAAUCUAUGGUAGCAGCAACAAGCUUGCUCGACGUGGUCUUGGAGUAAAAAGAGUGUUGACAAAUUAUCUUGGCGGUGAAGUGAAGGUGAAGAACUGCGGCAUUCUUCUCGAAGGCUUAGGUUCUGUUUCACAGAAAUCUUCUGAUACGGGUUUCACCAGUAAAGUUGUAGAAGGUGCCGAGCAACAGCAGAAGCAGUUGUCUGCAUGGAAAUAGAAUCAGUAGUUGCUAAGUUAAUCAUUGAGAUUUCUUGUACUUAGUGUUUGAGGGGUUUUUAAGUGAUAGUAUUUAUGAGAAAUGGUGUUUUUAUAGAAGGGAAAAUCAUCCAGAAUUUUUUUAUCGAAAAGAACUUCAUUAAUUCUUUAUCAUUAUGUGUCUGGUGAAGUUUGAGAUCUCCUUCAGAUUCAGAUACAUACUCAUUAGCCUCAAACCUUUUUUCUUGUAUCUUUUGAGUUAGACAAGAAACAAAAG